GAGGAAGCCUUAGUGGGGAAGGUCGUGAAGAAACUGGAACUCCUUUUCCUCCAUUUAUCACUUAGGUUUCAUGGCCUAAGAUUCCUGAAAGAAGUAAAAUAGGGUUUCUUACUGAGAAGCCACAGUUCCAAGUACCAAAUGUUAUGAAAGACGUCAGUCUAAGAAAAAUAGAAUGUGGAUAGGAGAAUAUGGACAACCAACUACUGUUUUUGUGCUGGGAUAAACGGAUGGCUGCUCUUCUUCUAAAGAAAUUAAUGCUGCAAACCAUAAAGACUGAAAAUAAGGGUAUUAGAAGAUGUUUUGGUAAAUACAUGGUUCAAAAGACAGUGCCAGCACCAUUGUCCCUGGCUGCUUCUGCCCCAAGGCUGACCUCUUUACUUCAUGCAAAGUGUUUUAGUGCUGUUGAAGACACCCAGGAUGGCAGGAAGAAGAAACCAAAUGAUAGGACUUUGACUAACACUGGAAGGAAAAUCCAUGCUCGAAUUAUUCGAGUCUUUGACGAGAAGGGCAGUGAUUUGGGAAACAUGCACCGGGCAGAUGUGAUUCGACUCAUGGAUGAGCGAGACCUGAGGCUGGUGCAGAGGAGCACCAGUGUGGAGCCCCCAGAGUACCAGCUCAUGACGGGCAUGCAGAUCCACCAGGAGCGCCUAAAACUCAGGGAGCAGGAAAAGGCCAAACCCAAAGCUGGACCAACCGUGACAAAGGAACUGACCUUUUCUUCAAAUAUUGGACAACAUGACUUGAACACAAAGAGUAAACAGAUUCAGCUUUGGAUUGAGAAAAAAUACCAGGUUCAAAUUACCAUAAAGAAGGGGAAAAAUGCAGAUGAGCCAGAAAAUAAAACAGAGGAAAUAUUUCAUGAAAUACUUCAAACAAUGCCUGGAGUAGCCACCUUCUUAUCCAGACCACAGGCUGUUAAAGGAGGAAGAGCUUUAAUGUGCGUUCUUCGUCAUCUGAACAAGAAAGAGAAGGAAUAUGCAGACUCUCAAAUCCAGAAAACAGACACUUUGAACAAAAAAAAUGGAAAUGGCAGGGAAUCAGAUGUGGUGCAUUCAUGAUUUUAAUAAAGAAAAACAGGCUUCUGAGCUAUACUAA